AUGCCCAGCAUUGAUCUAUCCCCUCUGGAAAUCCCUCCAGCCACCAUUCUAAAACAAAUCCGAACAUCAAAACUUUGCACCUUUGGGACCGUCCUAUCCGGAAUCGAUAAGCAACUCCGGACUGGAAAACUCUUCGUUUCAUUCACUGGGCUAUCCGACGAUGAACACGAUCUUACCUUCCACGGCGGUAUAGACAAAGCAAUCCACCAGUAUUGCACCGACAACUAUUCUUUCUGGGGCGAUGUGUUUUCCGACCCAGAGAUCUGCGCACGAUUCGUACCGGGAGGCUUUGGCGAAAACAUCGUCGCAGAUGGUCUAAACGAGAAAAACAUAUGCAUCGGCGACCUGGUACGAGUUGGUCCCCCCGGUUCUCUUCUUACAGGCGGUAAAAAUGGAUGCCUUCUGGAAGUUAGCCUGCCGAGACAACCUUGCUUCAAGUUGAAUCAGCGAUUUGGGAUAAAAAACUUUGCCCCUCGUACUCACCAGGAAGCGAAGACAGGAUGGUAUUACCGUGUCAAAGAAGAGGGGUGGAUCGAAGAGGCUAUGGAAAUCCGAGUUGUGCAGAGGAAGCAUCCUAGGUGGCCGAUUUCGAGGCUACAUCACUAUGUUCAUCGCGACAAGACGGAUAUUGAUGUGACACAGGAGCUUAUGGGAAUUGAAGUGAUGGGUGCUGAAUGCAAAGAUGUUUUCAAGGAGAGGUGGCAGAAGUUUCAAGAAAAAGAGGCUGCCGCGAAAAGACCCCCAGAGGUUUGGAAAGAUCUCAAAGUCAAGAGCAAGAUUUCAGAAACGCCCCGAAUAGUCCAGCUUGAACUUGAGGUGGUUCGGAAGUCUGCGCAGCCUAGUAGGAUUUUACCGGGCAGUCACGCUUUAAUUAAGCUUCCCAAUGGCCUAAAACGAGCAUAUUCCGUCGUCAGUGGAGACACGAAUUUCUUUGUGCUUGGAGUAGCUCGGGACGAUAGAAGCCGUGGCGGAUCAAGCUAUAUCCACGAAGACCUCAAUACUGGCGAUAUAAUAUCUCUAGGAACAAUCUCCCAAGGAAUGACCACGGACAAAAUGGCCUCACAUCACAUUUUCAUUGCUGGAGGUAUUGGAAUCACAGCAUUUCUCGCCAUGAUGAAACGCAUCAAAGAUACCAACCAAACCUCCCACUUCCAUUACGCCGUCAGGGAAUCUGAAGAUGUCGCAUUCAAGCACUUACUAUCUCAACUUGGUCCUAACAUUACCAUAUACGACAAGUCUAGGGGGCAGCGUUUGGAUAUUGCCGAUGUCCUAAAACAUCGGGUUUGGAAUAGUCAUGUGUAUGUUUGUGGGCCGCAGCGGAUGAUAGAUGCAGUGGUUGAAACUGCGUCAGCCGUUGAUAUGGCUCCCAGCGAGGUGCAUUAUGAGGUCUUUACCACUGAUACAUCGGGAGAUCCCUUUACCGUAGAAGUGAUUUCUGAAGAGAGGAAAGAAGAUCUUCAGGUCAGAGCUGAAGAGACGCUUUUAGAUGUCAUGAGAAGUGCUGGCUUUGAUAUAGGGAGCUCUUGUGAGGUGGGUAAUUGUGGAAGUUGUAGAGUUCUUGUCAGAUGUGGAAAGAUUCAGCAUCGAGGGUCUGCUCUGACUGAGGCAGAAAAGGGGGGUGAGAUGCUAGCAUGUGUUUCUCGGGGAGUUGGUCAUAUUACGGUUGAAGUACCCAAGUCAUGA